AUGCCAUUGACCUUUUUGUUAUGCUGCUGUGGUUGCGGGAUACCGCUCAAGGAUAUUUGGAACUACUCACGCCAGCUUCCGCAGGAUAUCGCGCACGGCAUUCGUCGCAAAGCCAAGGCUAGAAAAGACCGCAAAUACUAUCGGGAUCUGGUAGCUGGCCUCAAUACUCCCAUUCGAAGGCCGACUGCGGGUAUUCAAUCAAGAGACAACGAGCAGCUUCAAUCGUGUCUAUUCCGACUGCCACUGCAAGUCCGUCUGCAAAUAUGGGAGUACUGCAUUGGUCAGAGGUUUAUCUAUGCGCCCAUCUACAACCGCAGCCGUCCUCAUUUUGUGGCACGUGUUGCUUCCUAUCGAGAGCCUUGGCCUUUGGAAAUAUACACACGUCCUCACUCAGAAUUUGCCGAUACUUUGAGCUCUGCUUGGCGACCUCUGGACAUGAUCUUGCUACCUGAUAUACCGACAGAGCCGGAGUUGAUAGAACCGAAACAAUCAGUGGCAUUUGGUAGCGUUGGAGCCUUUCUUACAGAGGAGCAAACAACUAGUUUGAGCAGAAAGUGGAAAAGCUCAGAGCUCCUCUUGAGUUGCAAGGCUGUACAUGCUGAGGCCGCCCAUGUACUGUUUUCGCAUAAUGCCUUUUCGUUUACAUACCUACCACAUUUAUCUGCGUUCAGAUUACAUCAAGGUCCAUGUUGGCGCUACUUACGCUUUCUGCACCUAGAUCUCAUCCUCGGCCCAUCCGUCAACAUUCCAGGUGUUGUCGAUCGGGCUGCCUGGAGAGCAUUAUGGACCAUGAUGUCGAGGGAGAGUACUGGUCUACAGAUGCUAGGUGUUGGCAUCCAUGUUCCCAUGAAUCAUACUAUUGAACGAUGGCUUACCUAUCGCGGCGAAGGCUGGUCAGCUCGUGAUCGAUUCUUUCAGGGCCUUCCGACUUGGGCGGAUGACUUGACGGUGGUUCAGGAUAUUCGACACGCCCGAUUUGAAGUGGAUGCUGAGCGACUGGGUGAAUUUCGUGACUACACCUCUUGGCCAUAUGCUUCAAGUGUCUUGAAAUUUCGUGAACGAGUGGCUCAUGAACAACAAAGGAUGACUGGGGCAUCUGAUUCUCUUCUCUCAAUUUGA